UUACGCGAUCGAUACUUGCAACCAAAGAACUGAAUUUACGUAAAUAUUUUCUUAGAACUCUUAUACAAUUUACUGUUUAUUAAAUCUGUGUAUUGAGUACAUUUUUAGUGGAACUUUCGAGAUAUGCAAAAUCUUUUUUGUUUUGUCCGCUCAAAAUCAGUGUUGUGAUUGCGGAAAGCAUACAUAUUAAGAAUGGCGCCGAUUAAGUUCGGUCUUUUCAAAGCCAGGAGUAGAGAGCAGCAGGAGCAACCGUCUACUGAAAAUCUUUUACAGUUAACCCAUAGCAUCGAUCAAGCUGGCACCCCUAAUUCACCAUUACCAUCAACCAGCAAGGGUCUGGUGGAGGAUUUGUCGCCGCUGGACUUGGCUGUAUUGAACCUGGAUGAUGAUGAUGAUAUCAUACCAGAAGGAAGUAUAUCAAGACGAAGCAGUCUUAGCAAAAUCGAAGAAGCUAAUAUGAGCUACCGUCAUUUCCACAACCCCUCUCUAACAUCAACGUCUACACUCGACGAAAUCCACAUAUACGACGAACCAGCUACACACAUAGACGUCUCCACAUCCUACGAUGCACACUCCUCACAAUUAGAUAUAAACUCGUCACAGUUUGACAUUAAUUCCACACAAUUUGACAUUGACUCCUCACAAUAUGACAUAAACUACGACGCGUCAGAAUUCGACGCAUCAUCGAUCGCGCCUAGCGAGGAUUUGUCUGUCUACUGUGCGAUGAUGAAGAAGCCAAAGAAAAGUAGGUCUAAGGAACAGCAGUUGAGGGAUAUUGAUAUGUGGCAAGCGAGUAAUAUCGAGGUUAUGCAGAAUCUCCUAAAUCGCAGCGGAACACUAGACGAACAAAUAAAAUGGGAGGCAAUUGCCACCGCGCGUGGUUUGUGCACACUAACAGACAGUUGUACAUGCGACGACUGCACGGGGGCAAAAUACCUGGCCGGGAUCACCGAGGGAGACGGGGGCUUGGGGACGGCACCGCUUUUCAACGCCAUCAACGUGGGAUGUCAAAUACAAUAAGUUUUACUGACCAUAGACUGUUAUAUUUCUGUAUUUUUUUUAUCAGUACCUACUGCACUGGUCUUCUUCCAUUAGCGAUUAUGAACCAAACGGGUAUAGAUUUUGCGUCAUGGAGUCAAAUAUAAAACGUUUCUGACAUUACUUAUGUAGGUGACCAAAUUAGCUGUUAACGUUAUGUCGUUGAUACAUGAAUAAAUUGUUCUGAAAAGAACAGUUUAUCCGUUUGCGUUAUGAUAUAAGUGUGUUCUGUAUAUCUUGCUUUUCGAGUUGUGCGAUGACCAUCUGGGCGAGUUGGGCCUGGCUUCGUUUCAGGUCGGCGGUUGCGGCUUCGAAACUGCAGAACCAGAGUAGCGGCUGGUCGCGCCAGAAUGGUGGCACUUUAGGUAGUUUUGGUUAUAGGUAUGUUUGGUUGUAGUAAAUAAAACUCCCUAAUAACUUGUCGAGAAGAGGUGAAGAUGGAACUGAGUAUAUAAGAAUGUAUAUUGAAUAUUGAAUGAAUAAUAUUUUACAAAACUAGGUACAUUUGUAUAGAAAACUUAACCUAUGCUUAAAAGUAGUAGUUCAGCCAAUACGCGCAGGGUGUGUACGGAAAGGAUCUUUCGCUACCUGACUCGUGUUUCAACAAAAGCGUGGCGCGGCAAAAAUUUGACCCUUUUCUGCGCGCAGCGGCUGAAGCAUUCGGAUGUGCUCUCCUGAGAUCACUUCGAUAUGCUUGUAGCCUAUGCAAUACGCUGACAAAACUGUUCUUUUCAGAACAAUUUAUUCAUGUAUCAACGACAUAACGUUAACAGCUAAUUUGGUCACCUACACUUACAAAUAUUUUAGGUGACUGGCAGUCGUUUUUUGGGUGCAGGCAACUCUGUAGGUCCCAGGGCGAAAAUGCUGACUUAGAGUACUUCAAGAGAGUGUCCAAUUCUUAAAAUGCCGGUACUCGCGCGCCUUCUAGCAUUGAGAGUGUCUACGGUAUCCCUGUUCUAUAAUAGAAAGACGUCUGCAUUUCCUGAUAGCGAUAAAUAUGGUUUCUUAAUAGCCAAGUAGAUUUUUACAGCCAACAAAAGCAAAGUUUUGGGUUUGGCCUCAUGCCCCAAAAAUACUAAAGUGGACUCGGUUUCCGCGCUUAGACUCUCAUUGGAUCCAUUGUGCCUAAAGCCCUGGCUUAUUAAGUUAAGGCAGCCUAGCUCGUUUCAGAAGCAGAGAAGUCUCGGGCACUUCGCAGGCUUCACGGAGAGAACUCUGUUUCGAGGAUUUUUGAACGUUAUUUUAAGCCUCAGCCUCGCAUUCCAGAGUUACGUGGGUGACUGACAAUUAUGCGCUGAAACAGCCUCUUUGCCAAGGUCUGUCACACCUAGUAAAAUUGCAGGCCAUGCGCCAUUCUUGACGAUGUUUUAUUUCACCAUACAGCACAUAUCAGUAUUAUUGACUUUCUAUUACUUCCAUUGCUGCAGAGCGUUGAUCAAUAUGACAUUUGCUGCCAUUUAAUUAAUUCACGGAAUAGCAACGUUUACUUCGAACUAUAAUGUAUGGACACAAUUUCUAUUAUUUGGUCUGUGGUGUGUAAAAGGUUGGCUAAUUUAGUAGCUCCAUCCAUAAGCUUAAAAGAUUUUCAAAAAGCUACAGCCACGCAGGGCUACGUGGUAGACUGAUUCCUAUAAUGAUCUCUUCUUCUGGUGCCACUGGACUUUAUUGCUAAAGAUUGAUUGUUAAUAUCUUGAAUUGCCGAGUAUCAUGCGCCACUCCAAAAAGGCUCGCUCCUUGACGUAUCUGAUGCCGGUCCACUCCCGUACGUUCCGCAACUACGACUUCUUCCACGAGCCUGUCUCUUACCUUGAAUUUUUCUCCACAUAAGCAAUACGUCGUAUCGAUGGUGACGCAAAACGUGUUAGUGAUUCGUCAUGGUUUCGGUGAAACAUUCAUUUGCCUUAGUGACCUAAUCAACAUAGUUAAUUUUGCGCUGCACCCCACAACCGUGUUCGGCACAGAUUGGACAAGUUUACGACAUAGAUUAAAGAUUGCCAGGCGUUAUUUGACGCUCUUGAUUCGGUAAUGAUAGUAAAUAUAGCAUCAUUUCAUAUUUUUGGAGCAGUGUUGGCCUUGUGGCAUCAGCGUGAACUUUUCUAUGUGCGCAUUUAAUAUUCGCUAAUACAGAAAAGGAAAGCAUCGAGUGUGUCAGAUCAGGCGGAACACCUACUUGCCUUCUUGUAUUUCACUUCACAACGCAUCUCCUUGUCCCAAUUUUAACUUAUAUUCACUUUGUAAAAAUUUUACACUUUUCUAUAACUGAUAAUAUAAGUGUGUAAGAAAUUAAAUCCAUAAUAUUUGUGAACAGGAUAACGAAGAACCAUUUGUCCUUGUGAGUUAUUAUAUUUAAAUUAUGCGAGUGUAUUUGAAUAUGUAUUUCAUUCCUUUGUCCCUCUGAAACAUUUUUUAAAUCUUGGGCACCAGUUUAAUAAUUUUCUGUUCCAAAAAAUUAACAGAACCAUACAAUGCUUGGCACUUUACUCGCAAUUGUCAAUGUAUAACACUGUCAAAAUUCCGUUCACAAAUACAUAAUAUAUUGUAAUUGUAUUUAAUUUAAAGUUCCAGACAAUGUUACUAUCAGUUUAAUUACACCGUUUAUAAACCGUCUCUUCUGAGAUACAAUUUGUGAAGAUAAGAGACAAAAUAUUGUUUGGUCAGAGAGCGAUUAGGCUUAUUAUUAUAUACUUAUAUUAAUAUACUAUAUGUCUGUCAGAUGUCAGAUUUCAUUUAUUAAUGUUUUUAUCUAUCAGAUGCCAUUAAAUAUUGAAACUUCGUAUCGAAAAAUGUUCAUACAAAUUUAGUUUUCGACGUUCUACAUACACUACUAAUUCAGUCCGAAAUUACUUAUGAAAUUUUUGGUCAAAUGUCAAAAAUGUUAAAUGUCUGUCAUAUUUUCGAGUCAGUUAACGAUUCCGUGAGAUGUCAUAUGUCUAUCAGAUGACAUCUGGAAUCUCUCUGUCAGAUGUCCGAACCGAUAUAUUAUGAGUAUGUUUUUAUCAGUCAUAUAUUAUAUUGUUAAACUGUCUGGGGCUUUAUUAGUAACCUUGUAUCGUAGUAGACGUAUAUUGUAUGUUCUAGUCGUCACAAUAAGGGACACGCUAAAGAGGAUGCGAUGCGCGCGCACACUGUCACAAAAAACCGACACGCUGAAGUUAGCUAUAGUGAACAUUUUAUUUUUCUGAUAUUCAAAUAUCAAGUGCGUUGCAUCGGCCUUUGAGAUUUUUUUCAAUUUAAACCUCUCUAGCGUGUUUCUAUUUUUAGUGCAAUUACGAAGGCCUCGUGGAAAGACUGUUAUUGUAUAGAAAAUUGAAUCUUCUGUGACACUUACGUCUUUUUAUGUGAGGAAUGUUAUAGAAUGUGUUUUGCAGCUAUUGGUUAAAUAAGGUGUCACUUGACUUCUGUAUGCCAAAAUCCAUCACAUAUUUGUAUUCAGAGACGAAUCUGGCGUAACUAGACAAUAAUGUAUAAGAAAUACUUUAUUGCGCAAAUUUCAGAUAUUAGCAACAAAAAGUGUUUUGCAGGUAUAAGAGAAUUACAAUCUCCGUACACCAUUUCAAUCUCCUUCUUGCCUCAACAGUGAACGCCAAGAUUCGAGAGCCUUGAAAACUCCAUCCCACCAAUGUAAGCUCAGACUGGGCAAAAAUAUGGGAGUAGAUACUAAAUAUCUGAUUCAAUCAUAGAAUUGUUACCUUGUUUUUUUUAUAAUAAACCGUCAUUUCACAGACUACAAUAAAGUUGGUGAACUGAUGUAACACGUUACUAUUUUCAAGUAUGUAUUUGUAUAUGUGUUAGCUGUGCAUUUGUGAAAAUAAUAAAGAAAUAGAUGUGUGGUG